AUGUUUCCCAACUUCGAUGGGGCCAAGAGCAUGGUGGAGCAGAUUGGUUCACUGGAAAACCUUGUUCGGGAGUACGAGAUCGCUUCAGGAAAGACCUACGAUCGAGAUUUGUUGAUGGGAGUUUUGCUUCGAUGUUCACCGAGGGCGAUUCGAGACCACCUUACUUUGACAAUGCCCGAAGGAACAAACUACAUGUCAGUGAAGCAAGCGAUUCUUUCAUACGAGCAAAGCAGCAAAACUUGGGAUUACCAGACGGUGUUGAAGCAAAAGACCUUGCAGAACACAGCGAGCAGUUCGAAUGCAGAUCAAGGACCAGCACCAAUGGAAGUGGAUGCAGUGUACGAGAAAGGAGGAGGAAAAGGAAACAAAGGCAACAAAGGAAACAAAGGAGGAAAAGGAUCCUACUCGUGGUCAAGCUUUGGAGCAGGAUUUCGCCAAUGGAGAAAAGGUGGACGAAAAGGAAGCUACAAAGGAGGAAAGAAAGGACGAGGCAAAGGUUUCCACAAAGGAGGAAAGAAAGGCGGAAAGAAAGGUGGAAAGCAUGGCAAAGGAGGAAAGAAAGGUGGAGGAAAGAAGUUGGACAGAGAUGUUUGCCGAUUCUGCAAGCAGCGAGGACAUUGGGGAAACGAGUGUCCAAACCGCAAUGUUCGAGAAGUGCAGGCGAGCGAGGCCAGCACCGAGGUACCCCACUCGACAGUCGAGUCUGUUACUCCGUCGCAGAGUGCGAGCCAAUACAGGAUAAGGAGAGUGAGGAACAUUGAUUUCCAUCACAUUGCGAACACACCACCUGACGGCACAGAGCACUAUGAGCUUAGCGAAGUUUCAGAAGAAGAAGGUGAUUGGUUCACCAGAAGGAUAGAGGUGCAAGGACCAGAGUGCUACUACAUCGGGGAUGAGAGUGAGAACAAACAAGAUCAUGAGAGUGAUGAGCUGUAUCAAUGGUAUGAAAACAGCUUGGAAAGAGUUCAAGGAGGAUUGGGACCUCCAGGAGGAUUGGAACCUCUGAGUCAGGGAGGAUCGGAACCUCUCAAUGUGCGAAUGGUCCAGUUGGACACAAAGCAACAUGUGGUGAUCUUGGAUUCAGGAGCAGAUGUGAGUUUGUUACCACGAAGAUUGUCGGAUGCAGGCGUCGAAGUUUCGACCCCAACCUCUCUGAGGUUGCAGGACGCACAAGGGGGUGCGAUGCGAGUUGAAGGUAUGCGGCGAGCAGUUUUGCAGUUCAGUAGCUGCAGUGUGACUGAGGACUUUGUGUUGUCGGACACCAAUAACAUCUUGCUGUCUUUAGGAAGGCUACUCAAAAAUGGAUGGAAGUUUGUGUCAGUGGGAUGCAAACAGCGCCAAGGGGGCGAGACCUGGGGAGAAGAAACCCAGGCGGGGGAACUUGUAUCUCCCGAUGGUAAGGCACGGGUGCCUGUGGAAUAUCAGAGGAAUAGCUUGAGAUUGACAGCGGAAGUUAGAGGAGUCGAGCAAGUCAGGGCAGUCAAGGUGACUUUGGCCUAUGACUUUGGUAAAGUCCCAGAGAAGGAUUGGAGCCUUCUACCGAAUGGAACGCCAGUCCAUCGCCAUUUUGGACUUGAGUUUGUAAAGCCACCGACAGGUACUUGGAAGUACAGGACCACCAUCGUGAAGGUGGGCAACGAAUGGGAAGUGAUUGAAGCAACGGAAUUGCUCGAGCGAAAAUCCGACUUGGAAGAUCGAAUACCGGGAUUGCUUUUUCGAUCAGAAAUUCUCACAUUCUUGCACAGGACACCAGAGUAUCUGGACAAGUGCUUGGUAGAAGAGGUAGCGCCAGAAGAAGCACCAAAGGAGGAAGAAAAGAAGAUGGAAGAGGAGCCAGAAUGGUUUGGAAGAGAAAGAGGAGCUCCAGAAGAGUUGCAGGUGCCAGUGCCGAAAGGAGUUGUGAAGCAGCAAGGAAAGGCAGGAGGACACCAAGAGUUGGAACUCGACAUGGGAAGUACUAUUGUGGUGAAUGGAGAGUCACUCACAGCAACGAGUGAGAUUGAGAAGCUGCGAGAAGGUUGUCGGUAUUUGGGUUUGAGCGUCUCAGGGUCAAAGGUGAAGAUGUUCAGGAGACUGUGCAACUACCUCACCGAAGACAGAGAUGAGGACGCAGAAGAAGUUGCAGACAGGCUGAGGAAGCAAAGGCCCAAAGCAAGAACAAGACCCGGAGUGCCCGAACCGACAGAAGCAGAGAUUGAAGAGCAUAUGGCAACCCACAUGCCAAUGCAACCAUGGUGUGAUUUCUGUGCAGCAGCAAAGUCGAAACAGGACCAUACCCCACAAAGCAGUGAAGCAAAGUAUGAAGACCCAGGAAAGCCAGUGAUCCAGAUGGACUUCAUGUACAUGGGUCAGAACAGUGUGAGUCUGAUCAUUCUUGAUUCAUGGACUCGAUUUUCGUGGGCGAUUCCAGUGCCGGGGAAAGCACCGACGAAGAAGUUGGCCGAGAAAGUGGUGAAGUUUUCUUUCGAGAUGAACUACAUUUCCGAAGAAGUUCUGUUUGCGAUUGAUGUGGAGCCAGCGACAACAGCCUUACUGGAUUUGAUUGUAGCAAUACGACAAAAGUUAGGCUACAAGGCUGGAAAGUAUCCAAACAAGCCCUACCACAAAGGAAGAACAGCGAGAGUGGAACGCCACAUUCAGAACCUCAGGAGACAAAGCCUCACGAUGAUUGAAAUGGUCGAGGAUCGGAUUGGGGAAAAGAUUCCUGAAGAUCAUGCUUUACGAGCGUGGGCAAUUCACCACGCAGCAUGGUUGUUCAACAGGUACCACCUACACUCAGGGACGCAGAGUACAGCUUUCCAAUUGGUCUACGGGAGACCAUACCAAGGGCAGAUUUUACCCUUCGGAGAGUAUGUGUUUGGUCUGGCCAAGCCUGGAGGAGUGAAGAAUCGAUCCUUGUGGACAGGAGGAAUAUGGGUUGGAAAGGACGACCGGGACAUGGACGUGAUUACGUCAAAAGAUGGGAUCUUUACGUCAAGAUCUGUGCGGCGCACACAACCAGCGUGGCGCGCACGUGAGACCCUUCAACUUCAGGGUUCUCCUUGGACGAAGAAAGCCCCAAGGCUAGGGCACACCGCGCAUGCGGCACCGUUACCGAGAAUCGUGGAAGAACCAGGCAAAGAGAAAGAAGGAGGAGAAAAUGAGCCAGAGCCAGCAGGAGAUGAAGCAGGAUCUGAUGUGGAAAGUUCAAAGCAUGACACAAUCAGUGAUCUAUUGCUGAGCAGUGGUCAACCUACACCUCGAAGUUCAUCAACGGAUUCCAACCAAGGCGGGGGACAAAAGAGAGAAACUGAAGGAGAAGAAAGAGAGGAACCUGCGAAAGCUAGUAAAACAGCAGAUGCUGAGGAGCCACCAACGAAGCAACAAAAGACUGCGGAAAGUUCACCUACAAGUGCUGAUCCUGGAAGUCCGAAAGGAAGUCUAUUUCCACCGUUGUACGCCGGACAGGUAGAAGAACAGGAAGACGAAACAGGAUAUCAUGAAGAUGACCUUUGGGAAGAAAGAGUCUGGAAGGAAUGCGAAGAGGAAUAUGAAGCGGAUAGUGAAGGAGAAGAAGAAGAUGAGGAUCGACCACCGAAAGUCAGCGAAGAGGAACUUGAAAGAUUGGAUGCAGAGGCAGGAAAAGCUGAACUUGACAAACUCGCCAACAUGAAGGUUGUGAAGACGAUCAAGAAGGAAGAGUGUUCAGAGGAAGGUAAGUUUCUGACACUAAGGACAGUUUUCGAUUGGAGAAAGAGAGAUGGAGUUUGGAAGCGUAGAUGCAGAAUUGUGUGUCGGGAAUUCCGUGCGGGAGCCCAGAGCACGGAGGAGACUUUUAGUCCUACGUCAGGACACGCAGCAGUGCGAAUGAUGUUUCUUUUUCAUCUCAUCUACAAUUGGGAGCUUACAGUUCUUGACAUUCGUGACGCAUUCUUGCAAGUCACGCAGAAAGCUCUGAUGUAUGCUGAUAUCUCACCGUGGAUUCGAACACUACUUGGUUUGGAUGAAGACCACGUAUGGAAAGUGGAGAAGUGUCUGCCAGGGCAAAGAUCAGCGGCAGAACAAUGGUUUACCCAUUUGGUUGAGAUUUUGAAGCGUUUGGGAUUUGAGCAAUUUGUUGGGAUACCCCCAAUCUUGAAGCACCGAGUGAAGAAGAUUGCAGUGUCGAUUCAUGUCGACGACGAGCUAGUUGCAGGUGCAAAAGGCGAAGGAAAAUGGCUGAUAUGCGAGCUAGAGAAGUUUUUCAAGCUCACAGUUGAGGGACCGUUCCCAUCCCGCCGGGGAUCGGGAGAACAGCUUCAUUACCUGAAGAGGACCUAUGAGUUCCUUGAAGAAGGAAUUUUGGUGACAGUGUCGAAGAAGCACUACGAGAAGCUUAGAGGACUCUACAAGCUGGGGAACCGAAAGCCAAGACAAACCCCAGAGCACCAGCUGAUUGGAACAGUGGACAAUUCCAAAGAACUGGAGGAGAACGAGUGCAAGAAGUUUCGUUCAGCGUUGGGAACACUGUUGUACAUUUCCCAAGACCGAUGGGAUUUGCAGCAUGUGACGAAGUGUUUGGCAAGUAAGAUGUCGAAGCCAACGGAACAAGCGUUAACCUGUUUGAAACAAGCUUUGCUCUAUGUGCAAGGAACAGAGCAACUGGGAUUCCUACUGAAGUACACAAAGGUUGGAAACAAGAUGAUGGAUGCGAUCUAUCAAAGAGAAGAGCAAGAAGAAGAAGACGAAGAAAAGAAGGGAACACACAGUAUGGAAGUAUUCACGGAUGCAGAUUGGGCAUCAGACCGUGAAGCGAGAUGGUCUACAUCAUCAGUGAUUGUGUGUGUGAAUGCAGUGCCAGUACUUUCGUAUAGCAGGACCCAGAAAGCUACAGCUUUAAGUUCGGCAGAGUCCGAAGUGCUAGCAUGCUCAGGAGGAGCAUCAGAAGCGAUGUUACUGAAGAAGUUGUGGAUGUUUCUUGCAGGAAAGUUACUCGUGGAGAUCCGGAUGGAUUCAAGUGCGGGAAGACAAUGGAUGAUGCGAACAGGAGUCGGAGGACUCAAACAUAUCGAUCUGAGAGUAUUAUGGCUUCAGCGAGGGGUGAAGAACAACAGCUUCAAAGCAAAGCCAGAGUAUCUCGAAGGAGAUUUCUCAUGUACCAUAUUGGAGCCAUGGUGUGGAAUGGAGAAAGUCAUGAGCGUUAUGGGAAAGAAGAAGCAAUGGAACAUGUGGCAGGUGAAGUUUGCCGAAGCCAAGUUCGAGCACUACGUGCAACUUUGUUGA